GGAGAAGCUCAAAUGUGCUGUGUAACACACAAGAAUAAACCUCACUGGUUACUGGUUUGAGCUUCUGCAAGAGGUUUGUUCUUGUGCGUUAUUUACGUUCGGUUGAGCUUCUGCUUAUGUUUGCUGAUCAAUGUUUACAUGUGAGUAAAGCCUAAAUUCAUCUAAAAUCUAUUCAUCAUAAAAAGGGAUCGAGUCUCUUCAGAAAAUUUGGACUAAACCGCUCGAUUCAUAUGAAUUAAUUAACUAUUGUUAACAAAUGAAACCUUAUUGUAAAGUGUUACCGAUUAUUCAAUAAACUAUUUUUUACCAUCACUUAGUUUCCUGUAGGGGUGUAACGAUUCAUUCAUUUUCUCGAUGCAUCGAUUGCAAAUCCUGCCGAUGCAUAUGCAUCGAUCUUGAAACAUGGAUUUUUGAAUCGUGAAUUGAUUGUUUCUCUCAAUAAUCGAUUUAAAUUUAAAUAAUCGAUUGAAUCGCAAUUAUAUAAUGAUUCACAAUAUUAAAAAUAAAUUUAAACCAUAAAUUAGUUGAGUCUGUGUAGUCACGUGCGCCCUCACUACAGUGGCGCGGUGGAUUACGUCACUACUCUCCAAUUCGUGUCAUUUACACACACGCUGUACUAUGGAGGGCAACGAAGGAGAAAUUGUCAAGUGUCCGUGAUUGCGCCUCUCCAGGCUAAACUACUGAAACAUCUCGAGCCUUGCGAGGACGAUACAGGCAUGACUCGGGAAAUGAAAUCCGUGAUGGCAGCAGACUUUUCAUGUCGGUACACGAACUGCCGCGAUGUUUUGCUUAAAGCAUCUGCUUUGGACCCACGCUUCAAAGGGCUACCCUUCCUAGAAAACGAGGAGAAAGAAUUGAUCUUCAUUAAACUUACUGUUGAGGCCUCAAACAGUAUUUACGUGGAACAGCAGGAGGAUGCAGUUGAAGAGAAACCACCAGACUCAACUGAAGAAGAUGAGAUACAUCCUGCAAAAAAACUGAAAGCCAUGGAUUUGCUCUUUGGCAACAGCUUUCAGCAGAUGCCAGAGACCUGUCCUCUAUCCAGGUCUGCUAGUGAGGUCAGCAGAGAAGAGGUACUCAAAUACAGAUCCAUGGCUCCUCUGCCACUGACUGAAAGUCCACUGGACUGAUGGAAGUCCCAUGAGACAGAACUACCAAUCCUUGCAAAUCUGGCAAGAAGUUAUCUUUGCAUUCCUGCCACAAUUGUGGCCUAAGAAAGAGUUUUCAGCACUGCAGGAGACAUAGUGUCUUCUCAGAGAAGUAGUUUACGGCCAGAUUGUGUCGAUCUGUUAAUAUUUUUGAAAAAAAAUCUGAAGUAGAUAGUGUUGAAAAAAGCAUGUCAUAGCCAUUUGUUUGUUCCCCUCUCUCUUACUACACUAACUACCAUGUUUUAAUUGCACUCUGUCUGGUAUUACUGCCAGUUGCACUGGCACUUUGUUGUAUUUCUGCACUUUGUGCAUUUUCUAAAUGUUCAACAAAACGUAUGCAAUGUUUGCAAUAAAAAAAACAUGUAUGGUGCAUUGAAUA